AUGGCUGGCAUGAUUAAUUUUACAUCUGCAAAUGUAAUUAUUGUGUGGGUCCGUUAUUCGGUAACAGGUAUAAUUCGUUGCGCGAAUGGUGACAAUUGUCUGAUUCGCACAAUAUAUCUAAUUCAGCCUGAUGAACAUCUGUGUAGGAUAGCUUUCCUAAAUAUUUAUUCUAGCAAUGCACAUAGACAUCGUCAUUCAAGGAUGUGUCCCAAUUGUAUAAUUAUGAGUGUCUACUAUUUACUAGCAAAAUUAUUUAACCGGUAUACAUUUACAUGCAGUUCAUAUACUUAA